AUGGAACUGGAAAUAGUUUCUUGUGAGCUGAGAAUCAAGAAUGGAGAAUGGAAAAUAAAACGGCAGCAAAUAAUCAACAAAAUAUCCAUCGAGUCGAUGAAGCACAUGCAUGUGGAGCAUUCUUACCUUGAUAUCAAAGAAUUCUCUCUUUGUCGUACUUUUCCUACGUACCUAAAUAGGCAGAUAAAAACAUUUCAAAUGAAAUGGUUCAAUGGUUUCUUAAGCAACAUUUCUAGUUUUUUCCUCUUCUUGCUGUUGUCUUUGAAAGAUGUUUGCAGUUCACACUUUACGCCCCCGAAUCACAGAGCAGAAUGGACAGAGAUUGCAGAUAAAUAUAGUUCGGAAUUUAUUGGUGGGAUUAUGAAAUACAUCAAAGAUUAUGUGAUUCGGUUUGAAGUCUGCGAGUCCCUGGACUUGGCGUUCAAAGUGUGA